AAAUAAAUAUGUAAAUUUCCGAAAUGUUUCAUUACAAAUAAAUGCGUUAUGCAGCAAUAUAUAUUUCAAUGCAGAAAUUUUGACAGUUUACAAUAACCCAAAUUUGAAAAGCUGGUAACACCCGCGCAGACUACGUGACACUUUACCCGUAUGACUCUAAUCAAAUUUGACAUUUGGAUUAAAAAUCUGAUGAAAUAGAGCUCGACGAAUAUAUUUCGUUGUUUUGUUUUGUAUUAGUUUAAAAAAGGUGUUAAAAAAAAAUAUGGAUCAAUUUAAAGGUUUGCAGAAAGUACUUCUUAUAUGGAGUCAAGCAGAUAAUUUGGAAAGCACAGUUGAAGAAAUCAAAACAGCCACUGGCGGUGAAGUUGUUUUGGAAAAUGUUAAUCGCUUGUCCAUUGCUUCAUAUGCUAACGCCACAUUCGAUUUAAUUGUUGUGGAAAUGGCGCAACUUACAGAUGCGUUUGGGAAAUUAUUGCAGUUACUUAAACCAAACGGCAAACUUCAUUUACUUUCUUUUGGAGGUAGUGCGGACAGUUUACUACAAGAAGUUAAAUUGUGUGGUUUCAUUAAAGCAGUUGUAAAAAAUUCAUCAAUAACUUGUCAAAAGCCAAAUUAUGAAACUGGCUCUGCUGUUAAGCUAUCAUUUGCCAAGAAUUCUGCUAAGAUAACAGAAGUUUGGAAAAUCGAUGGAGAUGACAUCGAUGAGGAACUAAUUGAUGAGGAUGAACUAUUGGAUGAAGAUGACUUUAAAAAGCCAGAUCCGGAAUCUUUACGUGUUUGUGGUACAACAGGCAAGAGAAAAGCGUGUAAGAAUUGCUCCUGUGGUCUGGCUGAGGAACUUGAAGCAGAGAAGAAGCAAGGAAAAAUUGAAACACAAAAUGCAAAAUCUAGUUGUGGCAGUUGUUAUUUGGGUGAUGCCUUCCGAUGUUCAACAUGUCCAUAUUUAGGCAUGCCAGCGUUUAAGCCUGGAGAAAAAGUUCAGCUUGGUGGCAAUUUAUUAAAGUCUGAUAUUUAAGCAUUUCAACCAGACAGUCUGAUUAAAAUGCCUUUGUAUUUUGAAUUCUAAAUAUAUAAAGUACAAACAGAAUUUGUUAAAGAAUUUUUGUUUACUUUAAAUACAACUUUCCUAAA